CCACUAAACCUUUUAGAUCCUCUCAGCAUACCUCCCCACUCACCAUUUUUAAGUUUAAUUUAAACUACCUCCAUUUUAAUUUAUUUGAUAUAAAUUAUGAAGAUUAAGAAAAAUAAUUCAUAAAUAUUUGUGCGUUUGUCGCAAUGAUAAAAAAAAAAGAGUUAAAUUUUAACUCUUAAGUGAUAUAAAUUGGGAAACAGCGAGUACUAAAGUGCGCCUGGGGUUACAGUGCGCACCCUAAUCUUCAUCUUCCUUCCUCUCUACCUCACAUCACAGUAGUCUCUGUCUCUUUCUAUGGCUUUCACUUUCACUCUCACUCUCUAAUAAUAAAUAAACCCAAAAUAUUUUCAAACCAUACUCACUUUACACUUCUCUCUUCCCUCCAUAAUCACUUAGGUUUUGUCAUUUCACUCGUUUAGUGUUAAAUAAAAUUCACACUAAUCCUGGUUUGUAUAUAACUGUGAAUUGUUAAAAAAUGGAUCCACCAAUUAUUAAUGAAGGUUCAUUCUCGGCGGCGAAUCCUUCUUCUUACAGUUUGGCUGAGAUUUGGCCGUUUGCCGCAGCGGCAAAUGGUGGAGGAAACGGUGAACUUGGUGGAGGAGGACUGGGACUCAGAAUGAGUAGCUUUACGGGUUUGUUAGAAGCAGCUGCAAACUCCAUUAAUGAAUCUACUCUGACGGAGCAGAGCAGAAGAAGCGGCGGAGCUGGUGGUGGUGAUGGUAGUGGUAGUGGUGGAGGUAAUGUUGGUGUAAGGAAGAGGGAUGUGAACUCGGAGGAUGAUUUUUCUAAGUUUGUCUCUACUAGUGAUGCUAAUGAUUUGUUUUCAGAUUUAACGAAGCAACUUAUUGAUAUUCAUAUCAAUUCGAAUCAUGUUCAGGAUGGUUCAGUGGCCAAACGUUUGAAAGUUUCCCAAUCUAAAGAAGAAAAUGGAGUUUCAAAGGUAGAAGCAGAAUCAAGUUCUCAGACGGCUAACAAGGGGACUGAACAAAGUAGUAAACCUGAGCCACCUAAGGAUUACAUCCACGUAAGGGCAAGAAGGGGUCAAGCUACUGAUAGCCACAGUUUAGCAGAGAGGGCCAGGAGAGAAAAGAUCAGCGAGAGGAUGAAAAUUCUGCAAGAUUUGGUUCCUGGAUGUAAUAAGGUUAUCGGAAAAGCACUUGUUCUUGACGAAAUAAUAAAUUAUAUCCAGUCACUACAGCGUCAAGUUGAGUUCUUGUCCAUGAAGCUUGAAGCAGUCAAUUCAAGGAUGAACCACCCUAUAGAAACCUUUCCUUCAAAAGAUCUAGCACCAUCAGCUUUUGAUACGAGUGGAAUGAUUUUCGGCACUCAAGCACCGAGAGAAUAUGCUCAAGGGACACAAUCCGAGUGGCUCCAUAUGCAGGUUGGCAACAGCUUUGACAGAGCAACAUGACAGAUACCCUAAUGAAUUGGAAUAUAGAUUAUUCAGGAACAUUAGCCUCCCACAAUUAUUCAUCAUGUCUUUUAGAGAACCUUGGUACUGGAUCCAGCAGCUGUGUUCCACUAUAGAAGAAGCAUUCUUAAAUGUGUAAUCAUAUAAUCAUUUCCAGUAGAAUUGUCUGUAUUAUCGUUGUACGAUCAAAGUCGUCCAACUCAAGUGUACUUGUAAUAUGUUUGUAUUGAUAUAAGAAAUAGACUAAGCAAACUUUAUAAUCUAGCUCAAA